CUCACUGUAACCUGAAACUCCUGGGCUCAAGUGAUCCUCCCGCUCCAGCCUCCUCAGUAACUGGGACUACAGGCUCGCUACACCACGCUUGGCUAAUUUUUCAAAUUUUUUUUUUAUGGAAACGGACUCUCGGUUUUUGCCCCAGCCUGGUGUAUUAAUGAUUUUUAGAAAAAGAGAAAUACUGCCAAAUAGCAGGGAAGACAUAUGCUUGUGAGACAAAGGUGUCUAUGAAACUAUGGAUGGUUCAAGAACUUCACUUGACAUUGAAGAGUACUCCGAUACUGAGGUACAGAAAAACCAAGUAGUAACUCUGGAAGAAUGGCAAGACAAGUGGGUGAACAGCAAAACUGCUUUUCAUCUGGAACAAGGACAUCAGCUGUUAAAGAAGCAUUUAGAUACUUUUCUCAAAGGCAAGAGUGGACUGAGGGUAUUUUUUCCUCUUUGCGGAAAAGCGGUUGAGAUGAAAUGGUUUGCAAACCGGGGACACAGUGUAGUUGGUGUGGAAAUCAGUGAACUUGGGAUACGAGAAUUUUUUACAGAGCAGAAUCUUUCUUACACAGAAGAACCAAUCACCGAAAUUCCUGGAGCCAAAGUAUUUAAGAGUUCUUCGGGGAACAUUUCAUUGUACUGUUGCAGCAUUUUUGAUUUUCCCAGGACAAAUAUUGGCAAAUUUGACAUGAUUUGGGAUAGAGGAGCAUUAGUUGCCGUUAAUCCAGGUGAUCGCAAAAGCUAUGCAGAUACAAUGUUAUCCCUCCUGGGAAAGAAGUUUCAAUACCUCCUGUGUGUUUUGUCUUAUGAUCCAACUAAACAUCCAGGUCCACCAUUUUAUGUUCCACAUGCUGAAAUUGAAAGGUUGUUUGGUAAAAUAUGCAAUAUACAUUGUCUAGAGAAGGUUGAUGCUUUUGAAGAACGACAUAAAAGUUGGGGAAUUGACUAUCUUUUUGAAAAGUUGUAUCUACUUACAGAAAAGUAAAUGAGACAUAGAUAAAAUAAAAUCACAUUGACAUGUUUUUGAGGAAUUGAAAAUUCUGCUAAUGCCUAAAAAUGUAACAGAUUAAUUUUUUUAAUUGUUUAUAAAUCAUAUGAUAGAUCUUUACUAAAAACGGCUUUUUAGUAAAGCCGUUUACUUUUUCUAAAAAAGUUUUAGAAGAAAAAGAUGUAACUAAACUUUCAAAGUAGCUCCUUAGGAGAGGAGAUUAUGAUGUGAAAGAUUAUACCUGUGUGUUGUGCAGAUUGCAAGAUACUUUACCAAUCAGCAUGUGUUACCUGUACAAUUUAAAAAAAUUUUUAAAUGCAAUGCAUAUUAAAUAUAAUACACACAGAAAAACGGGCAUUUAUUUUAUUUUAUUUUAUUUUUUGAGAUGGAGUUUCAUUCUUGUUGCCCAAGCUGGAGUGCAAUGACGCAAUCUCAGCUCACUGCAACCUCCACCUCCCAGAUUCAAGUGAUUCUCAUGCCUCAGCCUCCCGAGUAGCUGGGAUUACAGGUGUGCACCACCACGCCCAGCUAAUUUUUUGUAUUUUUAGUAGAGAUGGGGUUUCACCAUGCUGGUCAGGCUGGUCUUGAACUCCUGAUCUCAGGUGAUCUGCCCACAUUGGCCUCCCAAAGUGCUGGGAUUACAGGCGUGAGCCACUGCACCUGGCCUGACAUUCUUUAUGAAAUUUAGAAUUGUCGAAGAAAUAUAACACUUCAGUAGGGUUCAAGGUGGUCCCAAAAGUUAUAUAAAAGAUUAGUUUUUACUAUAAACCCUUGUCUUUUACUCAGAUCCUAGAAUCCCUUUUCACAUGGUUUCUCCAUAUAUAACAGAAUCAAGAAACAAAUUUUAAUUAAAUAAUCUGUAAUGGAAUCAAGAAACAAAUAAACUUUAAUUAAAUAAUCUAUAUGGAAUAAACAUUCCCAAAUUCUAAGAGUAAAUUUUUCUUUAAGUUUUC